UCACCCUCUCUCCCCCUCACUUCUCUAUGACACUCUCUCUCUCCGUCCCCCGCUCUCUCCAACUCAUCUCCUCCAUGGCGGACCGUCACCAGCAACCCCACCAGGCCCAGAACCAGAACCACCAGCAGCACCGAUUAUCAGCCCAAACCAGACCCUCCCACACCUCGUUUCUAAGUAAACUCCAAGGCCACGUCCCAAAUUCCACUCAACUCAUCGGACUACUCACCCUCCUAGUCUCCGGCGGUAUUCUCCUACUCCUGACAGGAAUCACAAUCACCGUUACGGUUCUGGGACUCAUCUUCUUCACUCCAAUCCUCAUAGUUUCCAGCCCGAUAUGGGUCCCACUCGGGACGGUGCUGUUCCUGACCGCGGCCGGGUUCGUGUCCAUGUGCGGGUUCGGGGCCGCCGUCGUGGGCGGGUUGUCGUGGAUGUACAGGUACUUCAAGGGGAUGCACCCGCCCGGUUCGGACCGGGUUGAUUAUGCUCGGAGCAGGAUUUACGACACGGCUAGCCACGUCAAGGACUAUGCUAAAGAGUACGGUGGGUAUUUGCAUAGUAAGGUCAAGGAUGCAGCUCCGGGAGCUUAGCCGGAGCGGUGAGAUCUGGUUGGCUGUUGAACCGGAAGAGAUGUUGGACCGGUUUUUUUUUUUUUUUUAAUUUACAUUUCGUGUCUGGUAUUUGGUGUGUUUCUCUUUUGUUACUUUUAACUUUUUAAGGUUUUACGUUUUUUGGCGCCGAAAAUUAAAGAGGUUUAUUGAGUACAUGGACUUGCUCUUUGUUUCUGUGAUGGAAUCUGCCUUGCUUUGUGCAUCAAUGGAGUAGUAACUGUUGGAUUUA